CAACAGUGUGGUGUUGGGGUCGUGAUGGGCUUGGAAUGUUACACAGUGCUGGAAUGUAUAGGAGAGGGCUCAUUCGGACGCGUUUUUCGCGGGAGACGAAAGGAGACAGGACAGAUUGUAGCCAUGAAAUUUAUACCUAAGGUUGGGAAGAGCGAAAAUGCUCUUAAAAACCUCAAGCUUGAAAUUGAAAUAAUGCGAUCAAUGCAUCAUACUAACAUAAUAGAAAUGCAGGACUCAUUUGAAACGGAAAGAGAGGUAGUCGCAAUUACUGAUUACGCCGAAGGAGAUCUUUUUCAAAUAAUCGAGGAUGAUGGCCGUCUUUCUGAGGAAACGGUUAGGUCUGUGGCUUGUCAGUUGGUAUCUGCACUUUAUUACCUUCAUGCCAACCGUAUUCUUCACAGGGAUAUGAAACCGCAAAACAUUCUUCUAGGCCAGGACGGUGUUGUUAAACUUUGUGAUUUUGGAUUCGCUCGAGUCAUGGGUUGGAACACUUUAGUUCUCACAUCUAUAAAGGGAACUCCCUUGUAUAUGGCGCCAGAAAUUAUCGAAGAAAAACCGUAUGACCAUACAGCUGAUCUAUGGGCAUUGGGUUGCAUAUUAUAUGAAAUGUUCGUCGGUACUCCUCCAUUUUAUACAAACAGUAUCUUUCAACUCGUCAAGAUGAUUACCAAGACUUCUAUUCAGUGGCCUCCUGAUAUGUCUACUGUUUUCAAAGAUUUCCUGGCCAGGUUGUUGCAAAAAGAUGUACGACAACGUUUGCAGUGGCCAGAUCUUUUGGAUCAUCCGUUUGUCUGCGAUAAGAUUGAAAUUUCUCCGGGCGUACGUCUUCUUUCUAGUCCAUUAACUCAACCACUAACCCCAAGUCAGCUGGCAGAAAAAGAAAGGCAAAGAUUACUAAUGCUGAGACCAAAUGGGUCAAGAGUACUGAGACGUGCUGGAGUUGAUCAGUUUAGUAAACUUAAGCAGGUAAAAGAAGAAGAUAAACUUGACGACUCUCUAGACCAACGCCGUGGAAAGUCUGUUGUCAAAGAAGUAGCAGGAUCAAAUCAAAAGGGAAAUGUAGUUGAUAAAAGACAUUCAAAACAGUUAUCAGAUAAACCCCCAUCUUCGAAAUAUGGUGAUAAAACGAAAGUAACAAGGCCCAGACCACAUACAAAGGCUAUCGAAGAACAGGACGACCUGAUAAAAAGACCGAGUUCAGCAGAAACUGGCCUGGGUGAGAAUGAAUCAGCUACCCAAAGUGGUUCUACCAGACGACCUCAAAGUUGCGAUGCCUUAGAUUCCAAAAAGAAAACCUCAGAAUGGUCUCAUGUUGAUGACAUUCCAGUUGAGCCUCCAACCCCAAGAGAAAAUCGAAUAAGUACUGAUUACGACCGCGAGAACGCAAUUCGAGAGUAUUUACAACAAAGCCAUCAGGAACAUUGUAAUAAAAAUAGCAAACAACUGUCUGCAGAAAAAGAUGAUCUCCUGAUCGAUAAUAUACAAAAUGACCAGUUGGUGGAAAAAAAUGACACAAAACAUUGUCAUUCAACUGUUAGAAAACAAAGUUCACUUGAUGCGCUUGAUUCAAUGUCGAAAUCAAAUUGUGCAGUUGGGUAUACUGGUUGGUGGUUGAGAGCUAGUGCAGAAGCCUGGGAACGUUUAGCUGAUGCUACAGAUAUUGAGUUUCCUCAUCCACCUGGUUGUGAAGCAGAAAACCCUGGACAUUCUUCAGAAGUCAGACAACCGAAACGAAGAACAGCUCUAAGUUUACUAUGUGACAGUGAAUUCGGCCAAAGGCUAUCAUUGAGGUUAGCAUCGGCCUCAGUUAUUGAUAACAAGGCUUCAUGGGAGUCUAUUCACUCUUGGGCGUCAGCUUUAACUGAAAAUGAUUUAUCGAAAUUUCAUACUCGUCCAGUUUCUGCUGGGACUGUCGCACCAAAAGAGUCGUCAGGUGAUGUAGUAUCGGGACUCGAAGCAGCGGCCUAUUUACGAACUUUACUUCGUUUAGUCACAAAUCUGAUUACUGUCAAAUGCGAUGUUUCAAUUAUUGUACAGUUUUGUGAAGUGACUGAGUUACCAGUGCAAUUAAUUAAAUUAAUGCAAUCAUUUCUGAAUUUUACGAAAUUACAUGAAAAAAUGUGGUAUGAACAAAUUCUCCUGGAUUUAAUAAUUGCAAUGAAUGCUUAUUUUGUGAGUGAAAUUGGUCAAAGACAGAAUAUUCCACAUGCAGUCUUACAAGGUUACACGGAACAUGCUCUUUGUUUUAUUGAGCUUGUACCAAGGUUAGUGAAUCAGGAUUGUGACAAAGAAUUGCACUUACGUGAUCAAACUCUACUAUGUAUUCGUUAUUUAGUUGAACGUAUGGUUGAGAGGCCAUCCACAGUCGUUGAGGAAUUUUUCGGUGAAUUAAAGAAACAUCAUCUUCAAACUAUCAAAACACUAAUCUUGAUGCCAUCUGUCAGCCGGUAUAGUUUAGCUGAUGCUGAUAUUAGUCGCUUAGACGAUAUUCGUGAACAUGCUAUGGGAGCAUUGACUGCUUUCACAUGUCCACUGUCCACAGUAUGUAUAUCGAACGAACAUUUCAAGGAUACUAGUAACAAUGUUUCUGGGAAUGGAACAAAACCAGGGCAUUACUCCAUUCGAACACAUGAUAUUGCUAUGUUUAUUGCGAAUCAACUCUGUGAACCGGAAUUAGAAACUCAUCUUCGUGUGUAUAUUUCUUACCUAUGGAUUAGCCGUUUGUGUAUACACACAGCAAAAGUUUUUUAUGAUUGCAUACAGGCUGAUACUUUAUUUGCUCACUAUUGUAUGAAAAAGUUUCCCGUAUAUUUGGAAGCAAUGCUAGAUUUAUUACGUGGAACUGUUUCAGUAUCCAAAUCUGAUCGUGUAACAUUAGUUGAAUUGGUUAUGCAUUCAUUGACUGCAUUUAUUAUUCAGUUGGGCCAUGUACCAGAAAUAAUAUUACAGAAUAAAGCACAGUUUUGUAAAAUGCUCGUUGAAUCACAUGUUCCAAGUCAUGCAGCUGCAGCAGCUCUACUUUUAUCUCAAAUCUAUGAAUUGGAAGAGUAUAAAAUCCCAGCUAAACCGCAUGAUAUAAUACAGGCAAUGUCAUUAAUUCUAGUUUCUCCGAUAGCUCAAAGUCAGACUGCUCGUAGUCGAUUAUUGGCUGCUUUAAAUGAAUCCACACCAAGAGGUGUGACCAAUUCAAAAGAGAAGACGAAUGAUUCACAUGGUGAAACGGAUCUGUUGAUGACUUUUGGUUUACCACAAAUUUUAUGGCCAGGCAAUUAUGGUUGGCUUGAUGGUUUAUUUAAUUUGGCUCAAAUUAUGUGUACACAGGGAGGAAAUAUGAUUUGGCAAUUAUUUCUGGAAUUUCGUAUACCUGAAAGAAUUUGGCAAUGUUUAGAACAAAUAUUUGAUCUACAUAAAUCAACUAGUGGUAGUAGUAGUAGUUCAUCAUCGGAUUCUGAUCAUGGUAUUGAUUUGGUGAUGUUAUCACCUAGAGGAAUUUUAUCAGCUUUGAAUUUGGCUGCUACAAUUUUCAGCAAGAAGCCGAAAUUAUGCACUGAGAUGUUAUUAUGUAAUCAAAGUCAAAUGUUAUCUGUUCUAAAGCAUUUUUUUACAAUAAAAUGCAUUGAAGAACUACGUAAAAGUGCAUGGGCAGCAUUACAUCCAACUGAUUUAGUAUUGGAUAUACUGAAUUCAUGUGCUCAUCUAUUAUAUUUUCCAUAUAAAAAUGUUGAAGAAGAAUAUAAAAUUGCAUUAACUAAGCUUUAUUUGGAAAAUCAUAUGUUAACUCAUUUUGUUCAUACAUUAUGUCAUAUUUAUAAUUUAACUAAUUCAUAUACACCAUAUAAACAAAAUACAAACAAUACUUAUUUGAAUAAUACUAUUAUUAAUAAUAAGUGUAAAAAUAUUAUCACAUUGAAAUCAUUAGACAAUGAUCCAGUAUUACUUGCACAUACACAAUCUAUCCUAUUGAUUGCAUUUCGAUUAUGCUUUAAUCCAAUUAAUUUACAUGGUAUAGAAUGCUCCGAUGAUAUAUCACAUCUACAUGGAUUAUAUGAUUUAAUUAAUGAAGAAGAAGGAUUAAUUUAUCAAAAAAAUUUAGGUAAACAAUUGAUUAAUUUAUUAUUUGGCUCAGAUUUGGAUGAUUAUGAACCGGAAGUGAAAGCGACACAUGAAUUGAUUCAAUGGUGUUUCAAAUCGCCUAUUAAGGAAAUUCAAUGGGGUGCUAGUGCCUUAUUAUCACAAUUUUUAGCAUUUCGUAUAUUAGAACUAUCUGAUAGAAAAAGUGAUAGUCGUCCAAUCAAACCGGAUCAAAUGACAAUUGUGGAAGAUGAACGAACAGCUGGAAAUUUAGUUUGGUCAUUGUUAACGCCAACUGACCAACCAACUAUACAAAAUCCUCAGAACUUGAUCAAUUUUAUUGAAGAUUCUCAUGUUAUAUUAGCUGUGCACGGUUUAAGUUUAUUGAAUAAUUUAAUGUUAUGUAUGUAUAGUGAAUCAAAUAUGUGUGAUAUCCUACCACAUUUUACCAAUGAACUACAAUGUCAUCAAAUUUGUCGUUUUCAAUUUAAUUCAUCUCAUAGUCCAUUAUUAAAACGUAAAUAUUUAUCUGCGACACCCUCAUCAAUGUCAUUAUCAAGAACGCGAUCUAUUUCAGAUAUGAAAUAUUUAACAUGGUAUUUUGAUAAACCAUUGAAUAUAUGCAUUAAUCAUUUACAACAUACUUGUUCAGUGAUUCGACAAUAUGCCUUAUUAAUUAUUGGUAAUGCGUUAUUUUUAUCCAACGAAUUAUGUACAAACAUUGUGCCCGCUUUGCCAAGAAUUGUUUCAUUACUAACUGAAGAUAGUUCAUCUCGUGUUCGAACAAAUGCUGCUGCUUGUCUUGGAAAUCUCUGUUAUCAUAUCGAUCAGUCGUAUGAUUCUGUGUGUAAAUAUAAAGUUCUUCAAGCGCUUUUAGAAACUGGUUGUCUAGAUGGUGAUCGGCGAGUACAAGAAGCUGCAUUGGCAGCAAUACGAGCUCUUUGUGUUUCACAUCAUCGUAUACGUAAAGAUUUAUCAGUGAUGAAUACAGUGAAAAGAUUGAAUGAUAUGCAAACUGGUUUAAAACGUAUCAGUACAACUCGUACAGGACGUAAAUCAAGUGCUAGAAGUCGUCUGUCAAUCAUACAACUUGGUUUAAUUGAUUACGAUGUGAUUUCACAGCAUGCAACAGUGAUAUGCGAUUUAUUAUGUUCAAAACAAGGAGAUGAAUAGCUAACUAGAAAUUCGAGAAGCAGAAACAUUGAUAAAAACUAAUAAUAAUAAUGAUGAUAAUUCAUAACAAUAAUAUUAAAUGUACAGUUGUAACGAAUUAAUGACAAUUACAUUUUCCGUUCUUUUUGUUUCGACAAUUUCAUUGAUGCCACCAACUAUAGGGUUGUUCGAUAACCAUUCCUCUUUUCCUUAUCUGUGAUGGUUUCAUUAUCGACUAUAAUCAAUUCAUAAUUAUAAUCUAAUAUCAAUAAUGGUACUCUUGAUAUGUACAGUUUUUCACUUCUGUUCAUUGUUUCUAUUUUUAAACAUCCUUUUUUUAUUAAUUAAUUUUUUGGAAAAAGAGAAUAACUCUAUGUUUUGUAUGCAAGUGAUUGCUUUCUUUUUUUUAAAAAAAAUAUUUUUAAAAAAAGACAAUAUUCAUGUAUUUGAAUCUUAUAGUUUUUUUUUUGCUAAUAUACAAUGCAUUAUUUACGUACAUUAAUUACUUCUGCAUUAGAUAUGACAUAUACGCAAGCACACAACACAGCGGUUUAAAUAUAUAUAUAUAUAUAUAUAUAUAUAUAUAUAUAUGAUUGAAGUGGUUGCUUUAGAAAUGUUUACCUGUUUGUGAGUUUUGGUGACAAUUGUUAUUCUACUACCAUAGUUGUCCUGUUUAUCAGAUGUACUUGUUGACCAUAAAAUAAACCGAUGAUGCUGAACGAUGAUGAAUCAUUCAUUUACGUGAAAAGAAGAAAAACAGUUUGUUUGUUUUUUCAUUUAUAUUUUGGUAUUAUUUGUUUGUUUGUUUGUUGUUUUUGUUACAAAUUUUGUUUCUAAGCGAAUAUUUAACAAUUGUUUUUUUGUUUGUAGUUGAAAGCCUCAUGUUCUGUAUACACGAUUUGACUUUUUUUUCGAUAAUUAAACAAUUACUGUGAAG